AACAGCAGAGGAGAGUUUUGGUGACUCUUAAGUUCAGUCAGUACCGAGGGAUGCGGCUCUCUUGGCUGAAACAUAAGGCGGAGAGGUGAAAAUAUUGUUUUGACUGAGUGUUUACUUUUAUUAUAGUGAACUCAUCUCCUGUGUGGGACUUUCUCCUCCUCAGCUGGAAACAACACCUCUUUUUACAAGGUGAAAAAGAUCCACCUUGGUACUGUCAGUUACCUCUGUGGUCGGACACCGCCGGUGCGCAACUCCAGACUUAACUUCAGGUAGUUCGAUCCUCCCGUUGAGUGCCAACGAGGAGGAUGGAGACGAGCCCCAUCCCGGUGGUGACGGUCCAAACCGCCCCCUUCGACGACCAGCGGCCCGGUACCAACGGGCUGCGGAGGAAGACGGCGGUGUUCGAGGGGAAGAAGAACUACUUGCAGAACUACAUCCAGAGUUUGCUGUCCUCCAUCGACCUGCGGGACCGGCAGGGCUGCACCAUGGUGGUGGGCAGCGACGGCCGCUACUUCAGCCGAGCUGCCAUCGAGGUUAUAGUGCAGAUGGCAGCUGCAAACGGGAUUGGUCGCCUAGUAAUCGGCCACAACGGCCUCCUGUCCACCCCUGCCGUUUCCUGCAUCAUCAGGAAGAUCAAGGCCAUUGGUGGGAUCAUCCUGACUGCCAGUCACAACCCUGGAGGCCCCGGUGGAGACUUUGGAAUCAAGUUUAAUGUCGCAAAUGGAGGUCCAUCUCCAGACACGGUGAUGGAGAGGAUCCACCAGGUGAGCCGUACACUGGAGGAGUAUGCCAUCUGCCCUGAUCUCCGCAUUGACCUGUCUAGGCUAGGAAGACAAGAGUUUGACCUGGAGAACAAGUUCAAACCUUUCAGAGUGGAGAUUGUAGACUCAGUUGAAGUAUAUCUACAGCUGCUGCGAAACAUCUUUGACUUCACCGCCAUUAAAAGCUUUCUCACAGGACCAGAUCAGCUGAAGAUACACAUAGAUGCCAUGAAUGGAGUGAUGGGCCCUUAUGUACGUAGGAUCCUGUGUGAUGAGUUGGGAGCUCCUGCUAACUCUGCCGUCAACUGCGUCCCUUUGGAGGACUUUGGGGGACGACCUCCUGAGCCCAACUUGACCUACGCCACGUCUGUGGUUGACGCCAUGAAAGGAGGCGACUUUGGCUUUGGAGCUGCAUUUGAUGCAGAUGGGGACCGCUAUAUGAUCCUCGGAGAAAAUGGCUUCUUUGUGAACCCGUCGGACUCAGUUGCCAUCAUGGCUGCUAACCUCUCCGCCAUCCCCUUCUUCAGACAGUAUGGCGUCAAAGGCUUUGCCAGGAGUAUGGCCACCAGCACCGCUCUUGACAGGGUAGCCAAAGCCAUGAAACUGGCGCUGUACGAGACUCCCACAGGCUGGAGGUACUUUGGGAACCUGAUGGAUUCUGGCCGUUGUUCCCUCUGCGGGGAGGAGAGCUUUGGGACAGGUUCUGAUCACAUUCGUGAGAAAGAUGGUUUGUGGUCGGUAUUGAUGUGGUUGUCCAUCAUGGCAGCAAGGAAACUAAGCGUGGAGCAGAUCGUUAGAGAGCACUGGGCCAAGUUUGGACGCAACUACUUCUGCAGGUUUGACUACGAGGGCCUGGAUCCACGUGCGGCUUUUUACCUGAUGAGGGAUCUGGAGGCAGUAAUCUCAGACAAAGCGUUCACCAACCAGAAGUUUGCCGUAGGAGACCACAUGUACAGCGUGGAGCGUGCCGACAACUUCGAGUACAUUGACCCUGUGGAUGGAUCAGUGGUUCGAAACCAGGGUUUAAGGAUCGUCUUCAAUGAUACGUCUCGCCUGGUGUUCCGGAUGAGCGGGAGCGGCGGAGGGAUGGGUGCCAUCAUUCGCAUUUAUGCCGAGAGCUUUGAGAGGGACCCUGAGAGACACAGCAGAGAGACUCAGGUGGUGCUGGGUCCACUCAUUGCCAUCGCCCUGAAGAUCUCCAGCAUUCACGAGAGGACGGGACGCCGCGGCCCGAACGUCAUCACAUGAGCAAACAGGACAAACACACACGUGCAACUCACAAACAUGCAUCUACCUACUCACACUAAGAAAAAUACCUUCGAAAUACUCUCUCCAUUUUUAAAAAACUCCAUUCUCUCUAGCUUCAGCAUCAUUUUUCACUUUUCCAUUAGUGGUGAUUUAACUGAGAUGCUUACGGCUCAAGUUAUUCUCAAAAACUUAAAAAAAAAAAAGUAAUGUUGCAUUUAAUUAUUUUUAUUGUUUAUUGACCACUAUCAUCUGUCAGCUGAGGUAUUUAGUAUCUAAACCAGGGAAGCUAUUCAAUUAUUCCUGUAAAUGGUGAGACACAUGUAAACAGACUAUGAAUGUGCAGCCUGAGUGAGGAUUAGCCUAAGAGUGGUGCCUUUUUUUAAAAUUCACAAUGCUGUUUUUAUACAACAGUGCAGUUUUGACUUUUCGUAUUGCCUUUCCUGUCAUAUAUGUUGCAAUAAUGUCUCCUCCAUUUCAUGUCAUUCUGUCAAAUUAAAGUAGGCAUUGCAUCAGAAUUAAUACAACACGGUGGGAUCAACGAACAAACACAUGUUGGUCUAAAAAGAAAUGGAAAGUAAUCAUACUCAUGUUUUUUUUCUUACUUAAGGACACAGUUUUUUCAAAAUAUAAAAAUAACCCAGCUGCCCUGGCAAGACGAGCAAUAAAGAAGAAAAAUAUAUCCUAAAAAUGAUUUUACUUUUGGGGCGUUUUUCUUUUAUUUGUCAGUUGGGAAUGAUGUGUAACCAUGUUUGAAUAUAUUAUUCCCCCCCCCUCCCACCCUUUUUUUAAAAAAUCCAAAUAAAUAUUUUUUUGUGUGUA